AUGACUACCAUUCCAACUCGUCCCCUGGGAAAGAACGGCCCUCAGGUCCCCCGACUCGGCUUCGGGUUAAUGGGGCUGAGUUCCUUCUACGGCACCGCCAAACCCGACCCUGAGCGCCUUGCCCUGCUCGAUGCCGCAUACGAACUCGGCGAAACAUUCUGGGAUAGUGCCGACAUGUACGGCGACAGCGAGGACCUCCUCGGCAAAUGGUUCAAAGCCAAUCCCACCAAACGCGACAACAUCUUCCUCGUAACCAAGUUCGCCAAUCGCACAGGACCCGACGGGCAACGCUUCGUCGACUCCUCGCCCGAAUACGUCCGCCAGGCAUGCGAUCGCUCCCUCACCCGUCUCGGCAUCAAGACCAUCGACCUAUACUACUGCCACCGGCUCGACCGCAAGACCCCUAUCGAAAAGACCGUCGAAGCAAUGGCGCAGCUCAAGGCAGAAGGCAAAAUCAAAUACCUGGGUCUGAGCGAGUGCAGCGCAGACUCACUGCGCCGGGCGCACACGGUCCACCCCAUCACCGCCGUGCAGAUGGAAUACUCGCCCUUUGCGCUGGAGAUCGAGAGCCCGCAGUACAGACUGCUGGAGACGGCGCGCGAGCUCGGCGUCGCGGUCGUGGCGUACUCGCCGCUGAGCCGGGGGUUCUUGACCGGGGCUAUUACCUCGCUGGAUGAUUUCGAGGAGGGCGAUUUCCGCAGGCUGUCGCCGCGGUUUAGCAAGGAGAAUUUUGGAAAGAAUCUGGCGCUGGUGGAGAAGCUGAAGGCAGUUGCGGCCAAGAAGGGGGUCACGCCGUCGCAGUUGACGUUGGCUUGGUUGAUGGCGCAGGGAGAUGAUAUUUUCCCUAUUCCAGGGACGACCAAGGUCGAGCGGUUGAAGGAGAAUCUGGGGAGCUUGAGCGUCGAGUUGUCUCCGGAGGAAGAAAAGGAGGUUCGAGCGGCCUGCAAUGCGGCCGAGGUUGCUGGUGGUCGGUAUCCUGAGAGUUUUUCGGCGUCGUGUUUUGCGGACACCCCUGCUCUGUAA